AUGAAACUAUCUGCAGGACUAGCCAUACUCCCGUCACAGCCUCUGGAGAUGACUGCAAAUCUUCUGGACGACUUGAACUUCGCAACCGCCUGCCGGGUAGCAUUUGCUGGGUUUCCCCGCCUCGGAGAAUUCACCUACAAAACUGAAGACCUUAACCAACGUUCAAUCUUCUUAGCCACAAAGCUAACGCGCUCUGAUGUCCGAUUCUCAUCCUCGCUAAACCACGCGCAACUGACACUCAAGCGCAGUAAGACAGACCGCCGUCACGAAGGAGUACAAAUUAUACUUGCAAAGACUGGAGACAGAGCGUGCCCAGUUGGCGCACUUCAGAAGCUGCUGCUCCUUGACCCCCGAGGCCCUGACGCCCCAUUGUUCUCCUUCCACAGAAGACCAUUUAGUCGCAACAACUUUCUCGCUACCUUAUCUACUAAACUGAAGGCGCUCGGUAUACAGACAGAGGGCUAUUCGGGCCACAGCUUUCGGAAGGGCGCAGCUCAACAUGCGCACGAUAGUGGGAUACUCGACGACCAGAUUCAGGUGCUAGGGAGGUCGACCUCGGAGGCAUUCAGAGUAUACUUUACGACGAAUGCAUCAGUUCUGUACAGGCUCAACCACCAGUUCCAGACAGGGUCGCCGGCCCCGCUAUCCCUGCUACUUCCACCACCGUCCCCUCCACCAUCCUAG